GAGAGAGAAAGAAAGAGACAAACACAGAGAGGAAGACAGAGAGAGAGAGAGGGGUUAAAUAAAAAACUCUACCAGAUCUCUAUCUAUCACAGCAUCCAUCCAGACUGCCAGGCCUCGCCCUCUCCUUAACCCAGGAUUAUAACCUUGAAGUCGGACAUGGACAAUACCAAGGCUCCUUCCAACGCAAUUGUGCUGGAAUUUAAAGAAGACACUGCACUGACAGAGAUGAUGCGUCUUCGUGUGUCGUCUUUGCAGCGGUCAGGGCAGAAGCGUCAGGAUGGUGAGCGUCUGCUUCUUCCCCAUGAGGCCGUGUACCGGCUGGACUUCUCCACUCAGGAGCUGAACUUCUCCCGCUGGUACUUCUCCCUCAUCGCCUACGGCCGUGUCACCGUCACCGGCAUUUCCCAACACUGGACCCCUGACCUCACCAACCUGAUGACCCGUCAGCUACUGGAACCGAUCGGAACGUUUUGGCGAAACGCUGACGACCCUGAGGAUUCACCGCUCAAAUGGCUGGAGGCAGACAUGCAGGAGUUUGGUGAAAGAAUUGCUGAGCUGGCCAAGGUCAGGAAGGUCAUGUACUUCCUGUUUGCUUUCAAGGAUGGGGCAGAGGCGGCGAAUCUUAGAUGCUCGGUGGAGUUCACACCAGAUAAUUGACUCUUCUCUUUUUGCCAGUAGAAUACUAGAGUACUGGAAAAGCAUCACAAUAUUUUGUUCAAUCUUUGACCUUAAAGCUAGAGCUGAUUGAAAACUGCAUCUUUUUUUAAGCAAUUACCUAAAUCAGUUUAAAAAUUCUCCCUCAAACACUCUGAUUAACCUGUAAAUGUACAGUGACAAGAUUGUAGUUCCACUUAUUGUGCACAACAUAAUUUGCUACCAUUCAUUCUAAAAUUUUAGCACAAAGAGCAAACUUUUAAUGUCGCCUCAACAGACAAGUCAAAAGAAAUUUAAGGACUUAUCGCAAACAAGCAUUAAAGAAAGUAUUUUUCACAAAACAAAGCACACAUAAAUCAACCUGGGAUGACAAAUAUUACAAGUAUAAGUGCACUUUAGUUAAACGUAAAAUGGAACUAAUCCUCUUGUAUGUUUCCUGGUGCUGCUUAAAAGAUAAAUCUGUCAUCAACAUAAAUCAAUCAAAAACAAAUAUUUAAUUCGUACAGAAACAUAAGCAACUGUCUUUACACAAUAUUAUUUGAUGAUCAAAAACUAAAAUAUUCAUAACUCAUUCAUAAAAUGAUUUAAAUGUUUUUUUAUACAAUUAUUUACUUUUGAAAACAAAACUGAGGAUUUGAAGGAACAAUGAAUCUUCCUGUAAGUAAAACAUGUCUUUA